GGAGCCCCGAGUGAGGGAGCGUCGUGAAAGUUGCUCGUUUACGAACUCUCACCUUUGGCUCUCCAAAGGGAGAAUUGGUUAAAUAUGUGCGCUGGAAAUAAUACAAGUCCAAUUUUCUGUUUUUCUAAGAACUCUACCCUCCUGAAGCUUGGGAAGGCUCGAGAAUCAUCUCUCUUAGAUACCGAAAGGAGCGGCAAGUAGAAAGUCUCUUGGUCCCUGACAGGUCUCCGCCAGUCUUGAUGCCCCGCCCUCCCUGCUGGAAUCCGCGCCGCCGAUUGGCUAGGAGCACAGGAGCGGCGGAAGCAGCUGGCUCCCGCGGGGACUGUAGGGAGGGGGCAAGCCGUGAAGAUGGCGGCAGUCGUGGAGGUGGAGGUUGGAGGAGGUGCUGCUGGGGAACGGGAGCUGGACGAGGUUGAUAUGUCAGACCUCUCCCCAGAGGAGCAAUGGAGGGUCGAGCACGCACGCAUGCAUGCCAAGCACCGCGGCCAUGAAGCCAUGCACGCUGAAAUGGUCCUCAUCCUCAUCGCUACUUUGGUGGUGGCCCAGCUGCUCCUGGUGCAGUGGAAGCAGAGGCAUCCCCGCUCCUACAAUAUGGUGACCCUCUUUCAGAUGUGGGUUGUUCCCCUCUAUUUCACAGUGAAGCUGCAUUGGUGGAGGUUCCUAGUGAUCUGGAUCUUGUUCUCUGCUGUCACAGCCUUUGUCACCUUCCGAGCCACCCGAAAACCUCUAGUACAGACAACCCCAAGGUUGGUUUAUAAGUGGUUCCUGCUGAUCUAUAAAAUCAGCUAUGCCACUGGCAUCGUUGGCUACAUGGCUGUCAUGUUUACCCUCUUUGGUCUUAACCUGUUAUUCAAGAUCAAACCAGAAGAUGCCAUGGACUUUGGCAUUUCUCUCCUCUUCUAUGGCCUCUACUAUGGAGUUCUUGAACGGGACUUUGCAGAAAUGUGUGCAGACUACAUGGCGUCUACAAUAGGGUUCUACAGUGAGUCAGGCAUGCCUACCAAACACCUUUCAGACAGCGUGUGUGCCGUGUGUGGACAGCAGAUCUUCGUGGACGUCAGUGAAGAGGGCAUCAUCGAGAACACGUAUAGGCUGUCCUGCAAUCAUGUAUUCCAUGAGUUCUGCAUCCGCGGCUGGUGCAUCGUGGGAAAGAAGCAGACGUGUCCCUACUGCAAAGAGAAGGUAGACCUCAAGAGGAUGUUCAGCAAUCCCUGGGAGAGGCCUCAUGUCAUGUACGGGCAACUGCUGGAUUGGCUUCGGUACCUGGUAGCCUGGCAGCCUGUCAUCAUUGGCCUGGUGCAAGGCAUCAACUACAUCCUGGGCCUGGAAUAGUCAGGAAGAACAUCAGUGGAGAACCCUCGCCACCCACCGUGGACCUCAGGGCACUCUCCUCCCUGCCCACAAAGACCUGGGUGGGAAAGACUCAAGGGGCACUUGGGCCUCUCAGGACCCCUCCGGCUGUGUCCGGACUGGUGUGGGAUGUGAUGGAGAGCCAGCCAGUGGGGCUGUCAGCGGUGGGGGGGCUUUUUAAAAGAAAACUAUUUUGAUGAAUAUAUUUAAAAAACCUUUUUUAUUGUGGAGCAUAGGAAUUGCCCCCUUCCAGGUCUCACUCCCCCCGCCUGAGCAGGGUGGGAGCAGAGCCAUGACAUUUUUGGUUUCAAGGAGCAUUCUUACCUCUGGCCGAGAGCACUGGUAGGCUCUCCGGUAGUUGAGAGCCUCAGCCCACCCGCUCCCCUCUCCUCCCCUCUGUGGGGCUCAAGCCUGGUGCACUCAGUGUGGAAGGGCUGACAAGCUCAGGCUGGUGCUGCAGGUGAGCACUGAGGGCCCAAGUGUCUUCCCCUGCUGUCUGGGACCCAGGACAGAUGUUAUGUCAGACUUCGUCUCCCCUGCCCAGGAGCUAUAGGCAGGUUGAGGCAAGUGGAGGAGCCUCAUCCAGGACUUUCCCAACAAGGAAAGUCAUGGAACCUCAGAAUUGAUUGAAGAUUUGUUUUGGGACAUCUGGAAGAAUCAGUCACAUGGAGAAGCUGCCCUUGAGCAGGGCUGUAGUCAGCCAUGAAGAGAGACCAUUUAUAUUAAAUAUAUAGUUGGGCCAUGGGGCACCUGUUGGCAGCAAUGAUUGAGGGCCCUGGUACAAGUUGAUUCUUCCAUGAAUCCUUCAGUGGAGUAGUAGUGACGUGUGCCAAAGGCUGCUCUGUCACAUCACUUCCUUCCUGAAAGCCUGAGUAAGAGUGCGUAUGCAUGUGGGUCUGUGUGUGGCAGAAGGACUAUGACAGAUGUCAGCUUCUCCUUGUCAGAUGAUGUCCCCUUGAUGCUGGCAGGGGAUUCCCAGCCCAGUGACUGUCCCUCCGUGAGCUUUGUCAUUCGUGAGUGAUCCUGCCUGAGUCUGACUACAGGAUGGUGGGUGGGGGGUGAAGAAGGAUCGCACCUAGGUGAGUAUGAGUUCUGAAAGGGUUCUAGGAGUUUUGAAGAAAGUGGGAGAGCAAACAUGGGCCUUCAGUGCUGAGUUUCUAGGGAAUAUGGUGUCCCUUCAAGGGUAGCAAGAACCAAGCAGGAUCUUGUCACUGCCAUCUGAAUAAAGCUCCAUGAGCUGGGUUGGAAAGUUGAA